CACUCUAUUCUAUCUCUCACAUUCACUCACUCACUCACUCUCUCUCUAGAACCACUGUUUUUCUUCGCUUGUCCUCGAAAGCAACCUGUGUCGUCGUCUUUUUCUUCGAAAACCCUUUUCUUUAGGGAUUAUAUUCGAACCUCGAUAGGUUUAUUUAUUUCUAGUGUCUCUCUUUGUGUUCUGUGUAGAGUAUAUACAUAUACGUCUAUACGUUUAUACAUGUAAGACUGAUAAUUCGGACUCCAUUUUCGACCAUGAACCCUUCUUCAGCUUCUCUAGAUCAAUGUCUAGGGUUUUCAUGGCUCGGAAUUUCACAUUUGACACCAAUGUUGCUUUCAUAAUCACUACCCUAUGUGGGUUUUGUGUUGCAUGUGGUUUUUGUGAUCUGGGUCCUUCCCAUUUCUUCGAUUCACAGCCUCGUCAUUCUGGGUUUGACUGAUUUUGUGGUUUUCGAUUCGGGUCUGUGUAGAAUUUAAACCCUUUACUCAUGUUUUAGCAUUGAGAGCUCUCUUGGGUGGUUCUUUGAUUUUGCCCUUUUGAGUGGGUUUUGAUGUUCAGAAUCUUAGGAUUAGGGUAAAUUCUGUACAAGGGAGAGACAUUUGAUGGAUUGAAGUUUUUAUGUGGUACAUGGGUAUUUUAAUUUAGGGUUUGGUUUGGUUUGGAGGAAAAUGGGGUUAGGUCUUGAUGCUGAUGCUGUUAAGGUGGGGACUUGGGAUGUGGAGAAAUCAAAGGAGAGGAAGAAGAAAGAUGAUGAUGCGGAGGGGCCUGGGUGUUGGUUUAAAUUCAGGUUAUUUGGGAGGUGUAUGACCUCAAGGUCCCAAAUUGAUAGCUCUAUAAGUGGCUCUAGUGUGGGGAGUAAAUCUACAAAUGAUACAAACAGAGACCAGCCAGUUGCUCCAAUUAUAUCAUCUUCAACCACAAGCAACGCAGGAAGUACUCCUUCCACUCCCAACAUAGCCGAGGAACUGAAAAUUUCUUCUCAGCUUCGGAAGUUUGCUUUCAGUGAGCUUAAGUCAGCAACAAGGAAUUUUAGACCCGAGAGUCUUCUUGGGGAGGGAGGAUUUGGUUGUGUUUUUAAAGGUUGGAUCAAUGAGAGCGGAACUACGCCAGUGAGAGCUGGUACAGGGCUUACAGUUGCAGUAAAAACCCUCAAUCAUGAUGGACUUCAGGGUCACAAGGAGUGGCUUGCUGAAGUGAAUUUCCUUGGUGACCUCCUACAUCCUAAUUUGGUUAAAUUAAUUGGGUAUUGCAUUGAGGAUGAUCAACGUAUGCUUGUGUAUGAGUUCAUGCCUCGUGGAAGCUUGGAAAACCACCUGUUCAGAAGGUCUCUGCCUCUUCCUUGGUCCAUCAGAAUGAAAAUUGCACUUGGUGCUGCAAAGGGUCUUGCCUUUCUUCAUGAGGAAGCUGAAAGGCCAGUCAUAUAUCGAGAUUUUAAAACCUCUAACAUCCUUUUGGACGCGGACUACAAUGCGAAGCUUUCUGAUUUUGGACUUGCCAAAGAUGGUCCAGAAGGAGAUAAGACACAUGUAUCUACUAGAGUAAUGGGAACGUAUGGCUAUGCAGCUCCAGAGUAUGUGAUGACAGGACACCUGACAUCAAAGAGUGACGUGUAUAGCUUUGGAGUUGUUUUACUUGAAAUGUUGACUGGCCGAAGAUCCAUGGACAAAACUCGACCAAAUGGGGAGCAUAACUUGGUAGAGUGGGCACGACCAUGUCUCGGAGAGAGGAAAAAGUUCUAUCGAAUAAUAGAUCCCCGCCUUGAAGGUCGCUUCUCAAUCAGAGGUUCUCAAAAAGCUGCUCAGUUGGCUGCUCGGUGCCUUACCCGUGACCCAAAGGCAAGACCUCUGAUGAGCGAAGUUGUUGAAGCCCUAAAGCCUUUACCCAACCUCAUCGACAUGGCCUGUUCUUCAUCGUACUUCCAGGCUAUGCAGGCUGAACGGACUGGGAUCAACCCAAACACUAGAAAUGGCGUUAAAAUGCAGACAGGAGUGGUAUGGAAGAAUGGGCAACCAAAUCAGAGUCCCUCCAUGCCAAAUGGCCCACAUGCCUCUCCUUAUAACUAUAAUUAUCCUCACCGAUCACCAAAACCUAUGAUCAAACAACCAGAACGUUGAGUUCAAUAGCAAAUCCAUUUUUUGGCCCCAUUUCCCUUCAUUUUCAUAUGUUCUCUGUCAAAGGAAUGGAAUUGUUUUGGAAAGCUGAGAAAUGCCAGAUCGGGUCAAAGUUAAUACUUGUUUGUAUUUCUAGAGAGGUGAGAGAGGUUGGCGGAAUUUUGCUCCAUUUUGGUGUAGGGGGUGAUCAGUGGGGUUGAAGUUGAGAGAAUCAUAAAGUCACUAUUUUGUGGCCUUCUGUUUGUUUAGAAAUUGGAGACUCAAAAACUUCAGAUGUUCCUGAAUUCUGUCUUUGAUAAAAUUUUCUUUUCUUUUUUUAAAUUUUUUUUUUAUAGAAGAUAAUUCCUUGAAGCA